AUGGAGCUGCUAGGGUUGCUAGCUGUUGCCGUGGUGGCGGCGAUGGCGGUCGUGGAGGUCGCUGCCGGCGGCGACUCCGACUGGAGCAGCGGGCGCGCCACGUUCUACGGCGGCAGCGACGCGUCGGGGACGAUGGGGGGAGCGUGCGGGUACGGCAACCUGUACAGCGCCGGGUACGGGACGAACACGGCGGCGCUGAGCACGGCGCUGUUCAACAACGGGCAGAGCUGCGGCGCGUGCUUCGAGGUCCGGUGCGCCGGCGGCGGGAGCUGCGUGGCGGGGGCCACGGUGGCGGUGACGGCGACCAACCUGUGCCCGCCCAACUACGCGCUCUCCGGCGACGACGGCGGGUGGUGCAACCCGCCGCACGCGCACUUCGACAUGGCCGAGCCGGCGUUCACCAAGAUCGCGCAGUCCCGCGCCGGCGUGGUGCCCGUGCAGUACCGGCGCGUGGCGUGCGCCAAGCAGGGCGGCAUCCGGUUCACCGUCACCGGCCACUCCUACUUCAACCUGGUGCUCGUCAGCAACGUCGGCGGCGCCGGCGACGUCACGGCGGUGUCCAUCAAGGGCUCGCUGUCCGGGUGGCAGGCCAUGAGCCACAACUGGGGCGCCAACUGGCAGAACGGCGCCAACCUCGACGGCCAGCCCCUCUCCUUCAAGGUCACCGCCAGCGACGGCCGGACCGUCACCUGCGACAACGUCGCGCCCUCCGGCUGGUCCUUCGGCCAGACCUUCACCGGUGGCCAGUUCUAGCCGCCCGCCGUCGCCGUCGCCGGAGCCGGAGGAGGGGCUCUGUGUUUUGAAGCAG